CAUCCCCUGCUGCUGCCCAUCGAUCGGCUCUCUUCAGUUGUAGUUGUUGGUCGGCGGGCUCAUGGUAGGUGUAAUUGUGUGAGCAUUGAGUGCAUCGGCCUAGCUCGUACUUCAUAUAAUUAUUACCAUAUAUCAACUCCCUGAUUAUACUAUAUCAUUAUUGUUAACGUUUCAAUUCUUUAAUUUUGUCAAAAAUGUCUCAGACAAACACUGGCAUCGGCCAUUUAAUCGGAGCUGUUGACCAAGGUACAAGUAGCACACGCUUUUUGGUUUUCUCUAGUAAAACUUCAGAGUUGAUUUGUUUCCACCAGACAGAGCUGUCUCAGACAUUUCCUAAGGAAGGGUGGGUUGAAGAAGAUCCUCUUGAGAUAUUGGAAUCUGUGUACUCAUGCAUUGAAGAGACUACAAAGAAGUUAGCGGCUAAGAACAUUGAUGCAAGCGCAAUUAAAGCUAUCGGAAUAACUAAUCAACGUGAAACCACAGUAGUAUGGGACAAGACAACAGGGAAGCCACUUCAUCCUGCAAUAGUUUGGCUGGACACGAGGACUGUUUCAACUGUAGAUAAACUCAUCAACAAGACUCCAAAUAAAUGUAAAGAAUUCCUCAAGCCAAAAUGUGGUCUUCCUUUGUCCACCUACUUCAGUGCUGUUAAAGUGAAAUGGUUAAUGGAUAAUUGUUCUGAUGUUCAAGCAGCAAUUAAAGACGAUCGCUGUCUCUUUGGAACUGUUGAUUCUUGGCUACUAUGGAACAUGACAGGAGGAGUAGAGGGCGGAGUUCACCUUACCGAUGUAACCAACGCUAGUAGGACUAUGCUGAUGAAUCUUAACACCCUGCAGUGGGAUGAAGAGUUAUGCAGUUUCUUUGAAAUUCCAAUGUCAAUUCUACCAGAAAUUCGUAGUUCAGCCGAGGUGUAUGGAAAGCUUAACAAGGGUAUAUUGCAGGGGAUUCCUAUUGCUGGGAUUCUUGGAGAUCAACAAGCAGCAUUAGUUGGUCAGAAUUGUUUCAGAAAAGGAAUGGCAAAAAAUACGUACGGAACAGGGUGCUUUUUAUUAUAUAACACUGGCCAGGAGGCUGUUCAGUCAUCCCAUGGCAUGUUGACAACAGUCGCUUAUAAACUUGGACCGAAUGAACCUACUGUAUUCGCACUAGAGGGAUCAGUUGCCAUUACCGGUGCAGCUGUCAGGUGGCUUAGGGAUAAUCUAGGAUUUAUCAAAGAAGCUCAUGAAAUCGAGGAACUAGCAAAGAGUGUUGAUAAUUGCGGAGGUGUUACGUUUGUACCUGCUUUCUCAGGAUUAUACGCCCCCUAUUGGCAAACUGAUGCAAGAGGUGUGAUUUGUGGUCUUACACAGUUUUCUACUAAAGCACAUAUCGCCAGGGCAACGCUUGAAUCAGUUAGCUUCCAAACCAAAGAGCUUUUAGAUGCCAUGGACAAGGAUUCUAGAAUACCUUUGCAGCAACUUCAAGUUGACGGUGGAAUGACAGCAAAUAAUCUUUUGAUGCAGGACCAGGCUGAUGUGCUUGGAAUUCCAGUUGUACGUCCAUCAAUGCUGGAGACCACGGCUCUUGGUGCAGCAGUGGCUGCUGGGAAGGCUUUAGGCGUGUGGGAUAUAAACCCAGAUAAGAACAUCUCAGGAAUAACAACAUUUACCCCCUCUAUUGAUGAAAAAGUUCGUGCUAAGCGCUUUAAGAAGUGGUUAAAAGCCGUCCAGCGUUCAAUGCAAUGGGAAGACAAAGAUGAUGAAUGAAAAUGAAACAGGUCUCAAUUUCCAGUUUAAUAUUCUUCUGCAUUUGAGGAAAUCAAUAUUAUGAAAUUGGUACCCAAACUCAAAU